AUGUCUGCUGCUGCUGUUACUGCAGGGGACGACGUCAUCGCCCAGAGGAAUCCCGCAGGCGAUAGGCCGACCAUAUGCAAUGAGUGCGGGAAGAGCUUCAGAGGGAGCUCAAACCUCGUUCAGCAUCAGAGGAUCCACACGGGGGAGAGACCAUACAAAUGCGCAGCCUGUGCGAAAAGCUUCCGCCAGCGCUCGCACCUCCUACAGCACUGGAAGAUCCACACGGGGGAGAGACCCUUUGAAUGCCCCGACUGCGGGAAGAGCUUCAGCGUGAGCUCCGCCCUCAUUAGGCACCAGAAAACUCACACGGGCGAGAGACCCUACGCAUGUGCCGAGUGCGGGAAGAGCUUCAGCGUGAGCUCCGCCCUUACUAGGCACCAGCGCAUCCACACGGGCGAGCGGCCCUACGUCUGCGCCGAGUGCGGGAAGAACUUCAGCGUGAGCUCCCACCUCGUGCAGCACCAGCGCAUCCACACGGGGGAGCGGCCCUACGUGUGCGCUGAGUGUGGCCGGAGCUUCAGCCAGAGCUCCCACCUCCUCCAGCAUCAGAGGGUCCACACGGGCGAGCGGCCCUACGAAUGCACCGAGUGCGGGAAGAACUUCAGCCAGAGCUCGGACCUCAUCAAACACCAGAGAACCCACUCGGGAGAGCGACCCUACGAAUGCCCUUGCUGCUUUAAAAGCUUCACCUGGAACUCAGUGCUCAUUAAACACCAGAGAGUGCACAUGGGACAGAGACCCUAUGAGUGUGGCUAG